AUGCGCUUCAGCGACAUCACAGACAUUGAUCGCGAGGCAGUCUCCGACUUUGCUUGGAAAUGGCGCUGCAAAAUCUUCCCCGUCAAAGACGCUACAUUCUCCAAGAGAGCCGCCAAAGAUGGCAAGGAUGGAGUCGCCGCUGAUGGAGCUGAUGGCAGCGACAAAGAUCCCAACUUUGGCGCCAGCCCCAUCGUCAAGACCCUCUACGACAAGAACACUUCAGACCUCCACUCGCGCCAUGAAUGGGUCGACUAUCCGCCCAAGCAAAUGUCCAAAUCCGCAGCUCGCGCGCAGGACCGCGUCGCCAUCAAGGUGUACAAAGUCAGAGACCAUCACAAGCCUUGCAUCUCGGGACGCGUCCCGCUCAAGUAUUUCAAGAUUGAGGUUCAGAAUCACACGCUCGUGGCCGCGCUGGCGCCAAUUGUAAAGAAGGAAAACUGCCAUCUUGAUGUCAACGAGGCGGCCAGCUUUGAAGAGCCCUUUCGCUGCCUCUGGUUCUGCCAAGAUGACAUCAGGGAGCUGUACAAGAAGACUGACAACUCUGAGCAGCUAAAGUCUUACCUGAAGCUAUUUAUCCAAGUCUUGGAUGACCUGUUUCGCGAGAUGACGAUCAAGAGGCGAAAUAUCCAGACCAGCCAUCUGGUCGACUUCAGAACAGCCUGGACAUUAUUCCCCAGAGGCUCCACGGUAUACAGCUUUGGAAUCAAUGCAGAGUUUCUUGCCAAGGUUGAAAGCACUGCCUACGCCAGCACGCCCUGUGGCAACGCAUUGCAAAUAAGGGUCAAGAUUCUCAAAUUCAACGGCGAAAAGUUUGUCUGGCAAGAGCGGGGCCUCUCAAUCUAUGAAUUCGAAGGCAACAAGCCGAUCCUCGAGCUUGGACACUACCCGCUAGAUUUCCAUCAGGAUGCACAAGACAUCAGGCAGCGCCUGACCGUUCGUGGCCGCAAAGUUCUCGAUCUUCAAGGGCUCGAGUAUCGCUUAUACAACGGAAUCGCUCUGUAUGAUGGAAGUGCCGGUAUUGAGAAGCACAAUGUCGAGGGCCGCAUUCUCCUCGAUGCUGUUGGGUAUAACAAAUAUCACCUGACUCAAGGCAAGAGAGAGAAUGAUAAGCGGGCGCAUGUCACCAACGACCAAUCAAGGGGUUGGGGUGCAUUCGACGCCGACUCCAGCUCGACUUCUGAUUCCGAUACAGACUUGCUGGACAAUGACUCAGAGAAACAAGCUGCUAUCCGACGACUGGGAGAAAAGGAAUUUUUAAAGAAUAAACAGUAUAUGGAGUCUCGAGCAGACGACAUUUGCUUUAUUUCCGCAAUGCUUGGUGGAUAUGCCUUGAAGAACAAGAUGUGGAUGGAAUUUUACAUCGAGGAUGUCGAACCCAUGAUUUGGAACGAUACAGCGUAUUCACAUCUAGUCUACGACGACCAGCAGAAGGACCUCGUCCUCUCCUUUGUUCAGAAUCACAAUCCUCACCAUCGCGUCGCCUCGGCAGCAUCAAAGGCAUCUUCAUCCGCUUUAACAGUUUCAAAUUCCACACGUCCCGCACCCCUGGAAGAUGUCAUUGUCGGUAAAGGCCAAGGUCUUAUUAUCCUCCUUUCAGGCCCACCAGGCACCGGCAAGACCCUCACAGCAGAGGCAGUCGCCGACCGUACUCAUCGACCUCUUUUCUAUCUCCAGGCCGAAGAUCUCGGAAUCAGCGCCUCGGAUCUCGGCGCCAACAUCAAGCGGGUGUUUGAAAUGGCCACGGACUGGAACGCAGUCAUCUUACUAGAUGAAGCCGACGUGUUCAUGGCUGAGCGUAACCCCAACGACAUACGCCGCAACGAAUUGGUCAGCAUCUUUCUCCGGGAGCUAGAAUACUUCCGCGGCAUCAUCUUCCUCACUACAAAUCUUUAUCAUACAAUCGAUGCCGCUUUCCGCAGCAGAGUCAGCUUGCAUCUCCUCUUCCAGUCGCUCGGCAGGGAAGCGCGCGAGACUGUCUGGCGCAAGUUCCUGCAGCGACUACCAGAACUUAAAGACGUUGGCCUAACGCAAGAUGAAGAGGCUAAUGAGGACAUCUCUUCUAAAGAGGUAGCAUUGGAUACACCGCUUCGAGAUGUUGAUAUAUACCAGCUAUCCCUGUGGCAGCUCAAUGGCCGAGAGAUCAAGAAUGCGGUGCGCAUGGUACAGAGCUGGUGCGGCCACAAAGGAUAUGCAAUGACGUUGGAUAGACUGGAGAGUGGAAUCAGAGUGACAAAUCCGCAUGCGUCUAAAGAGCAAGACAUUGACAAAGACUUGUAUGAUUAG